AGAGUUUACUGAGCCAAAUGUCGACUCGAUGAUCGGCAUGCGCAAUGACCUUCCAAUCCCUCUCAUCAUACAGGAAGAUACGGACUGUGACGCCACCAGAGUCAGUCCCCAGCCGCCAAAGGACUCGUAUGACAAGCUCAUCCAUUGGCUAGUGGAGAUGGCGGAUGGUGACGACAUUGACCUUAAGGAUACGAAAAUUGUAGAGGAAUUCCGAAAAUCACCAUUGAUUGGCAACGCGGCUAAUCGAAAGAAAAAUCUUGGUCCUCGGUCCCAAUCAUACGAUAUCCACGUAAGUUACGAAGGGCCGCUGUGUAGUAAACCGUCAAGGUCGUGUGGAGACAUUGAGGAAGAGACAGAAGCUGAAGGUUACAUGGAGAACCAGCCUAAACCAAAGAGCUUCAAACUCUCCCCAGAUCCACCUAGAUACAACCGCAAUCGAUCGAGGCUUAAAAAACAGAGCGCUGUAUCGUUUGACUCAACAUGUGGGGAUCCAACUCAUUAUAAAAGAUCCAGUAAAUCGUAUAGCGACCUUAACGACUCGGCAAACUUCUUCGUAAACCAACAACAAAGCUUAUUGCGUAGUCAUCAUAAAGUCAGACAAGUUCCGAAAACCCAGCGCAACCAGUUCACAAAACAGUAUUCGGAACCCGUGCCGAACAUCCCUAAAGUGUAUAUAUAUGAGAGUAUCGACGACAGUACAAGCAAUAGCUCUGAUCGGAACAGACAUCGCUCGUCGAGCGCCAGUCUUGAUUCCAAAUCCCCAAGGUGUAGCCGUCAAACAACGUUCAGUGACGAAGAUGAUAUAAUGUGUGAAAAAAGCAAGUCCUCCCUUCUCCAGCCUCCCAUAGAGAUAAUGACCGUGCGAGAGCACGAGGAGGAAGAGGCAGAUGGGGAGGGCGGAGGAUUAAGAACAAACCGUCGUAAACACAAGGGCAAGAUCUCCGGAAUAAUCAGUCGAAGUGUGGAGAAUUUAAUAGGUAAAACAUCCCGCUUGAGACAUCGCCUGAAGUAUCGUAGUUCUAGUCUCUUCACUGUCAACAAUGAUGAUAAGUCUGAAAUAACACCAGAACUUCUCAACGACAAACUCUUCCUUAACGACAAACUGCUGGAUGGCAAUAUCGACGACAUUUUGUACGCCGUGGAUGCUCUGUGGCCGAAUGAAUGACGUCACUGACAUCGGAUUACAUCAUGUGCCAUUGUUAAGUGCGUUGUGGUGCUAGCUUGUGCAUGUACAGGCAUAUUUACUGCACGAUGAAAGGCGCAACAUCUUGUUGAAUGAAGGUAAAUGGUUAAUGUAAUUGUUCUCAGCAAGUCAAAACAUUUCUGAAAGACAAAUGAGUACUAUGGAGAAUGAAGUCAGAAAGUAACUUACCAUUUACAGCGAGUUACUACCGGAAGUGACGUAUGUGUGUGACUGUGAACUGCUGAUUACUUCACUGGAUUAUCAAAACUUUAUUGCGAUUAUGAUGAGAGAAGGCGGCCAGUGUUUCAAUUGGAUAAUGAAUACGAUGUAUUAAUUAAGAAAAUGUAAAUGACAAGUUCAUAAAACUCUUCUACGCAAAUACAAUGUAUAAAUUACAUCUACAUCACGUGACGUAGGUAAUGUAUUUUGAUGCAACAGUUCCUCAAGUACAAUUAAAGAAAUUUGUUUUAGAUACAGAUUUUGUCCUGACCAUCCAUGCGUGGGAGAGUAUAUCAUGUGAUGUAAUUUAGCCGUCAUUCGUAUGAAGGAUUAUUGGACUCGUUACUGUUUUGUGGACGUCUGGAAAACUCUGAACACAUGUUUUUACUUUUGAUUAACAGUGCUAUUUUGAAGCAUCAAAUUUUUUUUUUAUGAUCUUACGGGGUUUUUUCACAGCUAUAGUAUUGAUUGUUCUGUAUUUUGCUAAAAAUCACAGAAAGGCAUUACUCGGGCCAUAACAUCAGCAGAAGUAUCUUGGUAGUCCCCUGAGUCACGUGAUAUACAGAAACUAUAUUUAUGUCACUUUAAAGUACUAGUAUAACAAAUCACAUGUCAAUUGAUGUUCCCAUCUUCAUUUAAAACGCAGGAUGUAUUUUGAUACUGACUUAAAUGAAAUACAUUGUUGAACUUCAUAGUUAGUUUGAGAAAUAUACAAUAGAGUUUCUUUAAAUAAAAUAAAAAUUUCGUCGUCGUAAUGUACUCCAACAAGGAAAAUUAUCACUGACAGUCAAUUAUUCAAUAUAUCGUUGGUUCAAAGCAAUUUUUGUCAAGGCAUAACCGCCAAAAUUUUGUAAACUAUGGGAUAAUUAGUCCUGAGACCAAAAACAUUCCGUUGUGCCAAUUGUGUAAUGUAUUAUUACUGGUAAAACUCGCAUAACUAUAAUUACCGUUUUCCCUUAAAACAUGACGGAAACAGUUACCGGAAAACGCCAGUCGCCGUGAGUGCUACGUCACACAACCCCGGCUAUGCGAUAGCGAUGUCCUCAAAGCACGCACAAUGGCGCCACACAAAGACCGAGGACCGAGGGUCCGAGACCACUGUUACGCGUCGUGUUUAUGGGAUCACGGAAGUAUUGUAGUUAUAUAUAUCCUAUGUUUCCUUUUUAAUCAUUGUUCAUUUUGAUGUACGUAUUUUUUAACGCUGAUUAUUGGAUCAAUACGAAUUUUCUGCACCGUUUCAACGUGAGUUUUUUAAGCUGUCCCAAUAGUGAUAUAGGGCUAAGUGAUCAUAUUAAAAAAAACUAUCGAAUUUCUUUACCUGAAAUCACUACUUAGCUUUAUAUAACACAUAUAUUUCCCGAUCAGGUAACAGAUGUGGAUUAUAGUAUUGUAAAAGUAUGAUUUUAAAUGUCUGUAAUUUUUGUUAGUUAAAAAACAGUUUUUAACAACGUAUUGCUUUUAAAACUUGUGUAUGCAAAUAUUCAUCGAAUCAAAGAUUUUAAGAUAAUUUAACAUUAUAUCAUAUGGUAUGUAGAAUUAAGCAGGCGGCAUAUUCAAAACGGUCAUGAACCAAUGUCACCGAGGUGACGUAGGGAGACUCAAUAUCGUCCACAGCAGUGUACGGCCUGACCUUGUGAUUCCGAACUGUCCACAUCAUGAUAUAUAAUUGUAAUUCCGAAUGGUUCAAAUCAUAAUCUCACGAUUCCAAACGAAUCAGUGACAGAUUCGUUCACUUAUUUUGAAGUGCGGUUGAGAAAUAAAGUGCUAU